GAUGGAAGUAUGCGUUGGAGUAGUUGUAUGUUGUCUAAGAAAACGUAUUUUUUGUUGAUAUAUAAUAUUGGAGAGUUUCGCAUUUAAAAUUUAUGUGGAUAUCUUAAAAUAUUUGAUUUAUUCGGAAGUCUCGGCCAUUCGUUUCUUGAGUAACUGCAGACCCGAACAGUUCCCCAAUGGAGGUUUGUGAAGAGGCAGACAGUGGCCGGUGUCCCAGUGAGAUGGAUGCCAACUCGGACAUAAAAACCCACUUCAAAGUGUGUCGCUUCAUUAUGGAGACUGGGGUGAAGCUCGGCAUGCACUCGGUGCCCAUUGCCACGGCGUGCACGGUGUACCACCGCUUCUUCCAGACUGCCAGCCUGCAGGUAUAUGAGCCUCAUCUCGUGGCCAUGUCUGCCAUCUACCUUGCGGGCAAAGUGGAGGAGCAGCACCUGCGGACCAGGGACAUCAUCAACGUGUGCCACAGGUACCUGAACCCCCGGAGUGAGCCCCUGGAGCUGGACAGCCGGUUCUGGGACUUGAGGGACAGCGUGGUCCAGUGUGAACUGCUCGUGCUCAGGGUCCUCGGCUUCCAGGUGUCAUUCCAGCAUCCCCACAAGUACCUCCUGCACUACCUGGUGUCUCUGAAGAACCUGGUGAACAGGCACGCCUGGAGCCGCACGCCGAUCAGCGCGACGGCGUGGGCCCUGCUGCGGGACAGCUACCACGGCACGCUGUGUCUGCGCCACCACCCCCAGCACAUCGCUGUGGCCGUGCUCUGCCUGGCCCUGGAGACCUACGGCAUGGAGGUGCCGGGGGACGCGGAGGCCGAGAAACACUGGUGGCAGGUCUUAAGCGAUGAUAUUACGAAACCCAUCAUUGACGACAUUAUCAGUGAACUUUUGCAACUUUAUGACUUGGAAGCCAAAUGUACCUGAGAGAGACUGAACAGUGACAUGACAAUAAAACUGGACCCUGCCUGCAUUCAUAGAUUGUGCAACAGAAACACUGAAGUCCAGGUUUGUCUGAACAUAGCGGUUUGAACAUCUGUGAGAAAUCCCGUUUGGACAUUUUUUUGUGUUUUUUAUAAGGGUUCGCAUUGUGCUGGAGCUCGGAGAUGCAACUUGAAGAAGUAAAAUAACACGAAGGAGGAAAAGGGACUUCUAGUCUGGCGAUGGACGAGGUGGUGGAGUUUGCCAGUGAGGCCAGACUUGUUCUAGUUUAUCUUCAGGUGAAAGAAGUUGAAGGCUAUACCUGCAAUACUUAUUUUGUCCACAAGAGUGCAUGGAUUGGAUUGCAGAGCUGUGCUGCUCACAUCAUUACCCUUGCAUUAGCUCCUAAUGCCUCCUGUUCAGUCCUUUUGUUUAAGUGGAACCCUUCUUUUGUGGAUUAAGAUGAUUGCUAGUUCCUUAUUUUAUUUUUGUUAAUGUAAUAAAAAUUUUAAUCAACUGUGCCUGUUGAUCUUGCAGAAAGACUUCUAUUAACAGAGUUAUAAUCUUCUCCCGUAGGUUUUGGUAUAAAAACUAAAGAAAUGAGCUUGUAGUGCAGCCCCUUCUAAAAAGGUGAGGUUUUAGAAGGGUUUAAUUUGUCUUUGAAUUGUUUGGUUGUUUUUUGUUAUUGACGCGUUGUGUGUCUGGUAUGCGCACAUGGUAUGUAUGUGUGCAUGGUUCAACAAAAUGAAACAUCGACGUCAUGAAGCUGCACGUUUCUAACAAAAUAUGUAGAAGGAAGAUAAGACCUCCACUGCAGGUACAGCCUGAGCCAGAAUAGUGCUGGCUAUAUUUGUUUCAUUACCUUUAUUUUAGUAAAUGUUCAUUGUGGGGCAUUUGAAGUCAAUGUCAUACUAAAUACUUUUUUAUUUGUUCAGUCUGUGCAAUUUAUAAUAGAGCUUUCAGAUAAUUAAGCCUUAAAUUAUUUCCAUUCUAUGAAGUGGGACUGUAAUUUAAGGGUUUCUCAGUAUACUGUGUUUGUUGGAAUGGAUCCAUCUAUAUUCACAAUAGGAGCAGGUUAUGCAUUAAUUGCAAGACAAGCGUAAUCUUUGUACAAUUGUUAUGCAAGAAUGAUACAUCAUAAAUUGUUUAAAUGCU